AUGGUGAAUCCUCGAUUUCCACAUUCCACCAUCCCAACUCUCACUCUCACCACUUCUGCUAUCUCCAUUGCCUUCUGCAUUGUCCUCACUCUAUCUUUUCUGGUCACGCAUUCUUAUUCCGCCCACCACACGGAUUCUAAAAGUGGUGUUGCACACGGAUUUGAAUCAACUAGGAGAUCCAUUCUUGCUCUGAAAACAGAUCCCCUCAAGCCUCGCUUGGACCAGAUUCGCAAGCAAGCUGAUGAUCAUCGUUCUUUGGCUCUUGUGUAUGCUUCCUAUGCACGCAAGCUCAAGCUUGAGAGCUCAAAACUUGUAAGGGUUUUCUCAGAGCUAUCUCGCAACUUCAUGGAUCUAAUGAACAAACCUCAAUACAGGCCUCUUUUUGGCAAUGAUGUAUCCCCAGUUGAUGAAUCAGCGCUUCGCCAAUUGGAGAAGGAAGUGAAGGAGCGCAUUAAAACUGCCCGCCAGGUGAUCGGGGAUGCAAAAGAGUCCUUUGAUAACCAACUCAAGAUUCAGAAGUUGAAGGAUACAAUUUUUUCAGUGAAUGAGCAAUUAACUAAGGCAAAGAAACAAGGAGCUUUCUCAAGCCUCAUUGCUGCCAAAUCAAUUCCAAAGGGCUUGCAUUGUCUCUCCAUGAGGUUGAUGGAAGAGAGGAUUGCCCAUCCUGAGAAGUAUUCAGAUGAGGGAAAGCCUACCCCUCCAGAAGUUGAAGAUCCUAGGUUGUACCACUAUGCCUUAUUCUCAGAUAAUGUCCUUGCAGCAUCUGUUGUGGUCAAUUCGGCAAUGAAGAAUGCUAGGGAACCGCAUAAGCACGUUUUUCAUGUUGUGACUGAUAAGAUGAACCUUGGAGCAAUGCAGGUGAUGUUUAAGUUGAAGGAUUAUAAUGGUGCACACAUUGAGGUUAAGGCAGUGGAGGAUUACAAGUUCCUGAAUUCUUCUUAUGUGCCAGUCCUUCGACAAUUGGAGUCUGCUAAUCUGCAGAGAUUUUACUUUGAGAACAAGCUUGAGAAUGCUACAAAGGACACAACCAAUAUGAAGUUUAGGAAUCCCAAAUAUUUGUCAAUAUUGAACCAUUUGAGGUUCUACUUGCCAGAAAUGUACCCAAAACUUCAUAAAAUUUUGUUUUUGGAUGAUGACAUUGUGGUUCAGAAGGACCUUACUGGGCUAUGGAAGAUUGAUAUGGAUGGCAAGGUGAAUGGAGCUGUAGAAACAUGUUUUGGGUCAUUCCAUAGAUAUGCACAAUACAUGAAUUUCUCGCACCCCUUGAUUAAAGAAAAAUUCAGUCCAAAGGCUUGUGCAUGGGCUUAUGGAAUGAAUUUCUUUGAUUUGGAUGCUUGGAGAAGGACAAAAUGCACUGAAGAAUAUCAUUACUGGCAGAAUCUGAACGAGAACAGAACACUAUGGAAAUUAGGGACAUUGCCACCGGGUCUAAUCACAUAUUACUCAACAACAAAGCCACUGCAUAAGUCAUGGCAUGUUCUUGGACUUGGCUAUAAUCCUAGCAUUGGCAUGGAUGAGAUCAAGAAUGCAGCAGUGGUGCACUUCAACGGCAACAUGAAACCAUGGCUUGACAUUGCAAUGUCUCAAUUCAAGCCACUUUGGACAAAGUAUGUUGACUACGAAUUAGAUUUCAUUCAGGCCUGCAAUUUUGAUUUCUAA